GGUGCAACCUCCCACUGGUGAGCUAAAAAAGCCUUAAAACCUCCUUAAACCGGUAAACCCCACCGAACAACUCCCCAACCAUGUUCCCUCACCGGCAACUUCCACUCCUCCACCGCUUCUACUCCUCCACCACCAGUUCACCCACCUCUUUCCUCCCCUCAGUCACUUUCACUCAGUUUCUCUCCACCAAAAACUCCCCUGAUAGUCAAGAAAACAAAGAAACUGAUGACCCCUUCAAGUCCCAUCCAUCAUUUCACCACCUAUCCCCCAUCAAAUCCAAGUCCCAACUCCUCCAGUCCUACACCAUCACUCCUCCAAUCAAUCCCUGGCCAAAGGACCUCUCCCACAAGCGCCUAAUCUCCCUUAUCUCCUGUCAGCAUGACCUUAACCUCGCCCUGCAAAUUUUCCACCAUGCCGGAAAAUAUCACCCCAAAUUUUCGCAUAAUUACCAGACCUAUCAGUUCAUCAUCCAGAAGCUCUCCCGCGCCCGUGCCUUUCAGGAUAUGGAGACCCUUUUGGAUGAACUAAAAAGGGCUGGAAUCAGUUGUGCUGAAAAUCUAUUCAUUGUUGUGAUCAGGAAUUAUGGGAUUGCAAGUAAGCCCAAAAAAGCCCUUAAGAUAUUUCUGAAGAUGAAUGAGUUUUCGGGCGUUAAAAGGUCGGCGAAAUCGUUUAAUACUCUGUUGAAUGCUUUGGUUCAGAAUAAAUAUUAUGAUUUGGUGUAUGGUUUGUUUAAGAAUUGUCGAAAGAAGUUUGAUAUUGUGCCUAAUGUUUCUACUUGCAAUAUUUUGAUAAAGGCUUUGUGUAGGAAAAAUGAUGUUAAUGCUGCUAUUAGAAUUUUAGAUGAAAUGCCAGCAAUGGGUGUGGUGCCAAAUGUGGUUAGUUAUACAACUAUUUUAAGUGGAUACGUAGCGAGGGGUGAUUUGGUUGGUGCCAAGAGAGUGUUUCAUGAGAUUCAUGACCGUGGUUGGUUCCCUGAUGUAAUGACUUACACAAUAUUGAUUGAUGGGCAUUGUAAGCAAGGGCAGUUAGUUGAUGCUAUUAAGGUAAUGGAUGAUAUGGAGGAGAAUGGUGUUGAGCCAAAUGAUGUUACUUACGGGGUGAUGAUUGAAGCUUUUUGUAAAGAAAAGAAGUCUGGAGAGGCGGUUAAUUUGCUUAAUGAUAUGCUUGACAAGCGGAAUGUGCCAAGCUCAGCUCUGUGUUGCAAAUUAAUUGAUGUUCUGUGUGUGGAAGGAAAGGUUGAGGAGGCAAGUGAAUUGUGGAAGAAGUUGAUGAUAAAGAAUGUUACUCCGGAUAAUGCAAUAUUGAGCACACUUAUAUUUUGGCUAUGUAAGGAGGGGAAGAUAUGGGAAGCUAGGAAGUUAUUUGAUGAAUUUGAGAAAGGAUCGGUUCCUAGUGAGUUGACAUAUAACACGCUUAUUGCAGGAAUGUGUGAGAGAGGGGAAUUGUCUGAAGCUGCGAGGUUAUGGGAUGACAUGGUGGAGAAGAGAUUGAGUCCCAAUGCUUUUACUUAUAACAUGUUAAUUAAGGGAUUUUGCAAUGUUGGUAAUGCAAGUGAAGGAAUAAGAGUUCUGGAAGAGAUGUUGGAAAGAGGAUGUUCUCCUAAUGAAUCUACUUACUCUAUCUUAGUCAAAGGUCUGCACAGUUCAGGAUGUGUAUCAGAAAUUCCAAGAGUACUUUCCAUGGCAGCUUGCAAUGGAAAAGAAAUUGAAAUUGUUACUUGAGUGUAUUUUACUCUGAAACCAGUUAGAAUCUCGGUGGAGCUUGCCAUUGCAGAUCAAAUAGUCUUGGAAAAGUUUUCACUUAAGUUUCAUUCUUGCAAGGUUUUCUGCAGCUGUUUCUUGUAUGACUAUAGAUCAGUUGCAUGCUGCAAGCUAGUGUUUCCUAUAGUCGCUGAUGUAACAGAAUUGGAUGUUGCUUCUGAUUGAACCUUGGGGCUUAGCGUCCUUUGAGGAUUUUGUUCUCAUUUAGCCAGUGAUUAAGAAAUUUUCACCUCUUCCAUUUCCUGGGUAACUUGAAAGGAGUAAUGCAAGUUGUACUAGACAGGCCACUGCCCUUGAGAGAUACAAUCUUUUGCUCACAGCAAUAAGGAACUCCAUUCAUGCUUCAAUGACGAAAGGCAAUAAGGAAGGGGAAUCAAGUUGAAGUCAUGUUUUUGCCUGACUUCCAAGCCAAUGAUCUGAGUCAUGCUUAGUUCUUGUCUCGAUUGACCAGGGAGUUUCCAGUUAAAGUGGUACAACAAUUGUGCAAGUGGCAGCUCCAUAUUAGGUACAACAAUUGAUGUUCCAGGACAUACCCUUGUUCUGGCACCAAAUGGAUGAAGUUAAAAAUUGUACCCCUUGAAAUUGAUUUUAGAAUCAAGAAAUUAAUCUUGAUUAAAUUUCUCAGGUUCUUUCAUUGUUUAGGAUCUCUUCAAUUAUCCAGGCAUUGACAAGGACUAUGGUCUUUGGUAUUGCAUAUCAAUUGAUUUCAAAAUUUUCACUGCAUAAAAGUGGAACCGCAGGGUCCAAUAUCAGUGUUCCUUUGAUGACUACUUGCAGGUUAUUUAAUUUAUGAAGUCGCAAUCCAUCAAUAUUUUCAUUUCGCGAAGAGAUUUGCUUUACCUCCUCUUGGGCUUUCUUCAUUACUCUUGGAUUUCUAGUCAUUUCAGACAUUGUCUAUGUGAGAGUUGUUGACAAUGUCUUGCCUCCAGCACUGCAAUUUCAUCAAGCUGCAGAUGCGUCAGAGGUCCAUAGUUCUUAACCAAGUCUGUUAGGAUUCUAUGAGGGUAGGAAACCAUUAAGCCAAUGCACAUUUCUGUUCGAGUAAAUUAAGACUAAAGUGAAAAUAGUUUGCAGAAUAUUUGGCAUUGUUGAGUAGUGAAGAUGACAAAAUUUUCUUUGCUUCGCUUCACAGACAUUUUAUGAAGCACUGAUAACCUCAAAUUGGCCUUUGUUAAGCAGUGAUAGGAAUUAUACAGAGGUUCCUGGUCCUAUGUAGUAAUUGAUAUCUAUAGAUCAGCAUACCUGGUUAGCCGCUGUUUGGUGAAUGUAGUCAAGUGAAGAAGUAUAUAGAAGUGCUAUUUUGAAAAGUGGUGGUUGCUUUUCUUGAGUGUGAGAGUAAAUUAAGACUAAACUGAAAAAAGUAUUGUCGACCAGUGAAGAUGACAAAAUUUUCUUUGCCUGACUUGAUAGACAUGAUAACCUCAAAUUGGCCUUUGUUAAGGACUGAUAGGGAUUAUAUAGGGGUUUCUUGUUGUAUGUAAUUAGCCACCAUUUGGUGCAUGUAGCCAAUUGAACAAGUAUACGGAAGUGCUAUUUUGAAAAGUUGUGGUUGCUUUUCUUGACUAUUUUGUAAAUUAAGACUAUAAGUGAGAAUAGUUUGAUGGAUUAAUCUUUCCUACACUAUAUUGUCAGCAUCGAAUGAAUGACAAUUAUGCAAAAUUUGAAUUUGAACUCCAACUUUUGCAUACGUGUCAUGGAUCCAAUGGUGAUAUACACUGUCAGUGGAUAUAAAAUUUACUCAUAUUUGACUUGUGAAGAUGACAAAAUUUUCUUUGCUUCACUUGAUAGACAUGCUAUGAGGCAUUGAUCACCUCAAAUUGGCUUUUGUUAAGCACUGAUAUUAAUCUUGUCUAUGGAUUGAUUAUCUAGAUUUCGCUGACAUGAUUGCGAAUGCAGCUUUAAUGAAUAUCAUUCUCAACUCUUCUCUCAAAUACAUUUCAUUUGUAUUGUUUGAACAAGUCUUGUUAGUAGGGCUACAUGAAUCAACUGUACAAGGUUAAACCUCAUUGAUAGAAGCUAGGAUUGAGUCAUUGAGGCUUUGUCGGUGCUACAAAUUAUCAAUUUCAUGUAUGAGAUGUCUGAUUUUGAGUGACACAGCAUGAAAACUUGGUAGGCACACUAGCUUUGUAGAAAAGUUUAGAUAUUGAACGUCACCCGAACUUAUAAGAGCAACUUGGAAUAGGAUGGGAGAAUAUGCUUAAGAAGGUGAAAACUGAUUGGUAAUCCUAGGAAUCUUUAGGCCUCACACCUAAAGUUGGGAUGUAUCACACAGCCCUAAGGAAGACGUUAAGUCUGCAGGAAAAUUUUAUUAAUGACCAAAAACUGACUUCUCUUUGCGGAGAAGUGGUUAUUUAUAGACCUUAGAACAAAGCUCAUUCCAAUCCUAAUUAGGACUCCUAACUAGAAUAAAAUUCUAGUGGAAAGCUAGAAAGCUAAGCUUUCUUAUUCCCUAUAACAACUAAAAUACUAAUUACCAAAAAUAACUACUAAACAGAAAAUUACCAUAAACAUAAAAUUCCUGCAGCUAAUUCAAAUUAUUAAAAUACCCCUGCCGGCGAAAAUCAGAAAAUAAACUCCAUAGAAUUCAAACCAACUCCCAAGUUGGUUCCUUGUCAUCAAAAGCAUGCCAAAUCAAUGCUUGGGCAUUCGACACAUCCUUCCCAUGUCUCCUAUAAACCUUAGUGGAUUUUUGCCACCUAUCUCUAUCAUUAAGCUUUUCUUUUAUUCAGUCUACAGGAAGAGCUACAUGCUCCUAAUUACACAGAACAAAAUGAGGGAUGGUUGCCCUGAUAACAUCCUCCCCGAUUAGCUGCCUGAUGGCUUCAGGUGGUUCUUUUAAGAUCCUCAAUCCCAGAUCUGCAUCAAUGCUGUGUUUGGCUAGGAAGUCUGCCCAUUGUUUCCCUCUCCCCAAAUGUGUUCUAGCUGGCAGAUCCAACCUUUCCUGCAACAUUCUUGAAUCUGCAUAACCAGAUUGUAAUGAGGAGACUCCUGAGCAGCUUUUUGUAUUAAGUUCAAGCCCACAUUAGAGUCAGUUUCUAGCUUUGACUUUUUAGAACUCGGAAUUCCAAGCAAACUAUAGUCCACAUAAGAUGGCUUCCACAGAUCGGCUCCAUUAUUUGAUGCCCUGCCCUAACUAAGCUUUUCCUUUCACUUUUUCAAAAUCAAAUAGCAGUACACAUAUUAGUACAAGUAACUAUGAUAGUUGAUAUGUAUACUUCCAUCUUUUUUCCUUGCUUCUAAUUUGUAAUUGAACGAUCUGAAGAACUAUACAAUCUAAUAUAACCCGAGAAAUACCUCUGAUCAAGUUUUACAUGAAAACCGGAUAUUAUGCAGAACCAUGGCAUCAAUGGUUACAUGAAUUAGACUUGUUUAAUCACUGAUGAGCAAGAAUUCAUUUGCCUUGUAAGGCAAUUUCACCAGCAGUAGCGUAUACUGCAUAUAAACGUACAUAUAGUCAUUAGUCAUGAAUCACCAAGUCGUAAUUAUGUCUUUAUCUACUACAGUGGAUGUCUGCGGCUCAGUUCUUAGGUUCUGUUGGAAAAGUAAGAUUUAUGAUUAAAUCAACUUUGGACUUGGUUCUGUGUUUAUGUAAUCUCAUCAUCCAUACAUGACCAACAUAGCUGCUGAAGCAUAGAAGCAAAGAAGACUGAAUUUUGUAUUAGAAUAUACUGAUACCUGUAAAAGAUCAUUUCACCUCUAAGCCAAUAACAUUCCAGCAUCAUUUUACUGAUUAGCAUGGAGCUUUUAGUUUUCAUUUCUGUUUUCAUCUUAUUCUGUUUGACAAUAGUUAAAAUUGCAAGGAAAUCUAGGCCUGUGAAGCUGCCACCGGGGCCAAGACAACUACCGAUAAUUGGCAACAUGCAUCAGCUUAUUGGCUCCCUUCCUCACAGGAUCCUUUCAGACUUGGCCAAGAAAUAUGGACAUUUGAUGCACCUGCAGCUUGGUGAAAUGUCAACUGUAGUUGUCUUUUCUGCAGAGGCUGCGCAGAAAUAAUGAAUGACAAUGACCUUAUAUUUGCAUAUAGUCCUAAUCUUGUUUCAGCAAAUGUAUUGUUUUAUAAUUCUACAGAUAUUGCCUUUUCCCCAUAUGGAGAUUAUUGGAGACAACUGCGAAAGAUUUGUACAUUGGAGCUUCUAAGUUCAAGGCAGAUCCAAAUGUUCCGAUCAAUCAGGGAAGAGGAGGCCUCAAAUAUGAUUAGAUCAAUCUCUUCGCGAGAGGGUUUGGCUGUCAAUCUCAGCACCAUGAUCUCAUCGCUAGCAUUUAGCAUUGUUGCUCAGGCUGUUUAUGGUAAAAGAAGCAAAUAUCACAAUGAGUUCAUGUCAGCAAUAAAGGAUGUGACGAAGCUUAUGGGAGGUUUCAGCAUAGUAGACAUGUAUCCCUCUAUCAAAAUACUUGAAAAGAUCACUGGAAUGAGGCAUAAGCUACAGAGGACUCACAAGAUAGCUGAUAAAGCACUUGAAAACAUUCUCAAUGAGCACAGAGUCAAGAGAGCGGAAUCAAAACCCGGUAAUGGAGAAGCAAAGGAGGAUCUGGUUGAUGUUCUUCUAAGGAUUCAACAAUCUGGGGAAUUUAGUGCUCCACUUACUGAUAAUAACAUCAAAGCAGUCAUCUUUGACGUGUUCAGUGGAGGGAGCGAGUCAUCAGCAACAACUUUGAUGUGGUCAGUUGCUGAAAUGAUUAACAAUCCAGAAGUACUUAAAAGAGUGCAAGAUGAGGUUCGAGAAAUCUAUGCAGACAGAGGAAACGUUGAUGAAUCUCGAAUUCAUAAAUUGAAAUACUUGCAAGCAGUCAUCAAAGAAGUUUUUCAAUUGCACCCUGCAGCUCCACUAUUAGUUCCAAGGGAAUGUAGCGAAAAAUGUGAAAUAUAUGGAUAUGAAAUACCUGUGAAAACAAGAGUCAUUAUUAAUGCCUGGGCAAUUAUGCGAGAUCCCAAGCGCUGGAUUGAACCUGAGAAAUUCUACCCAGAGCGAUUUCUUGACUCUGAAAUUGAUUUCAGGGGACAGAAUUUUAGUUACAUCCCAUUGGUGCAGGAAGAAGGAUCUGUCCUGGCAUCUCAUUUGCUCUGACCAGCAUCCAGGUACCUCUUGCACAACUGUUGUACCACUUUGAUUGGAAGCUUCCUGCAGAAUUUGAGCAAGAACAACUAGACAUGACUGAGACCUUUGGCUUGGCAGUCCGCCCAAAACAGGAUCUGGUUUUGAUUCCCAUGCCUUACUUCCGCCCUCCUUCUAUCUGGUUAUCGAGCACGAUUACUAAAGGCUCUGAACUCAACUACUCUCACCAGUCUAUAAAUGUAUGCUCUAAUGUAAGCUUUCUGAUUUGUGAAUUUGUUCUCCAAUAAAGAGACCUGCAAAAUGGUUUUGUACUAUAUAAACGCGAUUACAUAACUCUUGUUUCCUGCUACAUUUCAAUCCAUUUCGGAAGCAGCUGUCUUAAAUAUGAUCAGAGCUAUUGCUUUACAAGAA